AUGAACGAGGACCCGGAGCCUCGGCAAGAAACCCCGACCAACCCUCGCGUCUCGCUGCCAGAGCCCGCAAUCUCCUUUGACUUUGUAACCAGCGAGGUCGGAGCGAAUUGGCCAGAAAGCAGUCCGGAGGCGCCCCCCGAGGUUGCCAGCCCCGAACCCCAAGCCGACCUCGAAGCCGAAGCCGAGCCCCCAGCCGCUGCCGUGGCCGACGACGAUGCUCCUGAUGCGGCGCACAAUGCUCCAGAGAGUCGCGUCGAGGUCGCAAUCCCCGAGCUUCCCAUGAAUCGACGCCAUGAAUACGAUACCGUCUAUAGCCAAGUCGUCGAGCUCGUCAGCGAAGCAGUGGGCAAUCGUGGACAAGUCUCAUACAGUGUCGACUUUACAGACGGAAGGCAAAAGCUGGUCUCCGCCAAAGAACUACUCUCCCUCGAAAACGGCAGACAGGCACUGCGCCGCUUCACCAGCAGCAUGAGCACCGGGCAGAAGCGCAAGUACGUCCCAGACGAUGAGUGGGACUCUGAAAAGCAAAAUAGUGCCUCAGACAAUAUGGAAAUCGACGAAGACACCAGUCCCCGUCAACCCAGGACGCGUGGGGGGCGCGUGCUUCGUUCCCGAGGCCCGAGUACUCGGCAGAGCUCGAGGGCUCGCGCGGUCUCCCUGGAUGACGACAGCAGCGAUGAUGCUGUAGAGAAAACUCCGACAUUCCCCGUACGCAACCUGCGCACCCGGCCGCAGAGGCAGAAACAGCCCAAAUCCGGCCACAGCGCCUCUGCCAAGAGCAGCUUCACAGACGACCGCGACGAGCUGGCUAACGAGCCUCCAGAGCCCUCAGAUGCAGAGGACGGUGAUUUCCGACCAGUGAUCUCCGACCUUGCCAUAAAGUCGCGCCGAACUGGUGCCCUGCGUCGCGGUCGUCGGAUGAAUGCCAGGAGCGCUCGAUCCAAGGCUCAGCAGUCGGCAUCGCGUCGCAGGGGUUCCGAUGGCUCGGACAUCGAGUUUGAACAGCCCCGGCGCUCGUCGAGGGCCACCAAAAACACUGCCUACAUGGUAGAUGAUGCCCUCAUGGACGAGGACUCAUUCUAUGUCGUGGAUGACAGGGUGCCUUCCGCUCCCAAGACCGUCCUCGUCAGAGAAACCUUUCAGCCUCUGCCGCCCGAAUCCGCCUUCGGCGCCGUCCAUCUCCCCUCCUGUCACAGCUGCGGUGGCUCCAAGCAACGCGGCCAGAUUGUGCAUUGCCAGGGAUGUAGUCUCUCCUACCACAAGCAGUGUCUCAGGCCUCGCAACGCGCGAGAGCAUCUUGCCACCAAGAUUGCAGACGACUGUUUCGUCUUGCAGUGCCGAUUCUGCCUCGACAUUUACCGAAAGAAGGGCAGGAAGGACAACAGCGCAAAUGCUCCCCAACAAAGCAUCUGCCAAGUGUGCAAAAGCCAGGGCAAGGCCUGCAUCCCUUUCUCUGAGUUCAAGACUGCCCGGCAAGAAGAGAAGCUGCGAGAGCAAAACGGCGGCACCGACCCAAUCACGUCCGUCUCCCCUACUCUGCUCAACAACGAAAACAUUGUGCUCUUCCGAUGCGUGUCGUGUCACCGUGGCUGGCAUCUCGAUCAUCUACCUACCGUCGGCAGCAACUCCAUAGGAACAGAUGUCAAGUCCGAGCGCAUCAAGGAUUACAUGGUCGACUGGCAAUGCCACGAAUGCAGCUCGGCCAAGCACAAGAUCCACCGCUUGGUUGCUUGGCGACCUUCGCAACAGUCUUUACAAAAGUCACCCAGCCCCUCGUUCGACUCAGUGGACGAGGACGAUAAAGAGUAUCUCGUCAAGUGGGAAACCCUGUCGUACUUUCACUGCACUUGGAUGCCCGAUGCAAUACCAGAGGAGUAUCUCAUGGCCGAUGUCAUCUUCAACGUCAAGAUGAAAUCCGGCGCCCCAAGGUCUGGAACCAAGAAUGGCGACUCGGUCAACAUAGCGCAUGUCAGCAAAGUGCUCGUCAAGUUCCAGGGCCUGGGGUACGGCGAUGUGGUCUGGGAUGCUCCCCCUCCUCGGGGUGAGACUACGUGCUAUGCCGCGUUCGAGGAAGCAUACCUUGAGCACCUGGAAGGCAAAUAUUUCCACAACGAAAGCCAGGCCAAGAUACAAGACCGAAUCAGGUCCUUCAAGGCCUCCGAAUUCGGUCCUGUAGCCGUCCAGCCCGCAGGCCUCAAGAGGGGCAAGCUCAUGGGGUACCAGAUGGAGGGCCUCAAUUGGCUGUUGGGGAAUUACCACGACGGAAGGAGCGUCGUCUUGGCCGACGAGAUGGGUCUUGGAAAGACGAUUCAAGUCAUCAGUCUUGUCACCUCGUUGGUGCAGGACGCGCCCAAGUGCUGGCCGUUUCUCAUCGUUGUGCCAAAUGCAACCUGUCCCAAUUGGCGCCGAGAGUUCAAGCAGUGGGCUCCUGAUCUGCGGGUCGUGACCUAUCACGGAGGGAGAGAGUCUCAGGAGCUUGCCUACACGUAUGAGCUCUUCCCCCACGGCUCGACAGAUAUGAAGGCGCAUGUGGUCAUCAUGUCGUAUGACUCCGCUCAAGACCCGAAAACGAAGACCCUCUUCAAGUCGGUGCGCUGGACCGGGCUCGUUGUUGACGAAGGCCAGCGACUCAAAAACGACCAGAACCUGCUCUAUCUUGCGCUGCGAUCCAUGAAGAUUCCGUUCCGCCUCCUCCUGACAGGGACCCCGCUGCAGAACAACAAGCGCGAACUCUUCAACCUGCUCCAAUUCAUCGACGACACCCAGGAUGCAGCGGCCUUAGACGAGGAGUACCAGGUGCUGGACAAGGAGACGCUGCCGAAGCUGCACGAAACUAUUCGCCCCUUCUUCUUGCGACGAACCAAGCUCGGCGUGCUCAAGUUCCUCCCACCCAUGGCGCAAAUCAUUCUGCCCGUGACCAUGACGGUCAUCCAGGAGAAGCUUUCCAAAAGCAUCAUGGCCAAGAACCCGCAGCUCAUCAAGGCCAUGUUCGCCAACAACAAACUGAACAAGAAAGACCGGAGCAGUCUUAACAACAUCUUGAUGCAGCUGAGGAAAUGUCUUUGCCACCCCUUCAUCUACUCGGAUGCCAUCGAGGAGCGACAUCAUGAUCCUUCCGUCCUUCACAGGAACCUCGUGGAGGCCUCGGCAAAGCUGCUCUUGCUUGAGGCUAUGCUUCCGAAGCUCAAAGAGCGCGGCCACCGAGUUCUCAUCUUCAGCCAAUUUCUUCAACAAUUAGACAUUCUAGAAGAUUUCCUCACGGGUAUGGGCUAUCAGUUCAGGAGACUGGACGGCACCAUGUCGAGCUUGGAGAAGCAACGUCGCAUCGAUGGCUUCAAUGCUCCAGACUCGCCUUUCUUCGCCUUUCUCCUGUCGACCCGGUCUGGUGGCGUUGGCAUCAACCUGGCGACAGCAGACACCGUCAUCAUCAUGGAUCCCGACUUUAACCCCCAUCAGGAUAUCCAGGCCCUGUCCCGAGCUCAUCGAAUUGGUCAGAAGAAAAAGGUACUCUGUUUCCAGCUCGUGACAAAGGACAGCGUGGAAGAGCGGAUCAUGCAGGCGGGCCGCAAGAAGAUGGCGCUCGACCAUGCCCUGAUUGAGAGCAUGGACGAUGAUCAGCUUGUCGGCGAUGAUCUGGAAUCGAUCCUGAAGCACGGCGCUCAAGCUUUAUUCAGCGAUGACUUUCAGAAAUCCUCCAUCCACUACGACGGCCCCGCGGUCGAGGAACUGCUCGAUCGCGCGCAGACGGAGCACACCAAGACUGACGAGGAAGGCUCCACGGAAACGCAGUUCUCUCAUGCCCGGGUGUGGGCCAACGAGAAGGGCGGCUUUGCCGAAGGCCUCGACACUGCCGAAGACCAGGCCCCAGAGCCAAUCAACUCGAGCGUUUGGGACAAGAUUCUCGCGGAGAGGGAGGAAGAAGCACGUCGCGAGGCCGAGGCCAACAAGGAGGUCUUGGGGCGAGGCGGCAGACGUCGAAAUGUCAUCAACUACAAGUCCCUUGGCGUGGGGAACGCGCCGCUCCCCGAAGGGAUCGAGCCCGAUACAUCAGACGCUUCGGAUGAGUUUGCCGGCGCCAACUCGUCGGAGGAGUCGGAGGACGAGGGCCUGGUCACGAAAGACGGCGAAGCCCAAACCGACCUCCUCACGAUCAGCCAACCGAAAACCGCUGAACAAAAAGCCCACAUCUCCAAAAACGAUCGCGACGCCUCAGAAGCCAAAAACCCUACCCAAGGGCCGCGCCCAGCCGGGCAAACUGCCCAUAACCCCCACGCCAACGCCUGGAAAAACAAAGCAGUCAAGGCUCGCUUCCAAGGACCACGUCUGCCUCACGAGAACGGCGACAGAGUCCCAGGUCAUCCCACCGUCCCCGCUGUCCAGUCAAAUGGCCACGCCUUGCAGCAUGACGUCGUCCCCAACGCGGGAGUCCCCGGCUACCACAAUUCACCUGUCGGAAUGGGCGGGCAGCCCCAGCUCUAUCAAGCCAUGAGCAUGCCGCCUGGCCACGUCGGCGACCAGCAGUUGCCUGGGCCGAUGCAUCCGCAAAGCAUGGAUCUGAGAAACUGGCCCCCGAGGCAGGCCACCGGCAACCUGUCCGAGGCCCAACUGCGGCUUGCCAUUGACGAGGUGUGGCGUUCGCGGUCGAGUAUCAACACGAAACAGCAUAAGCUAUCGGCUUUGCUCUACCAGCUGAGAGCCUUGGGCAUACAAAGCGCACCUCGACUUCAUCCGCAACAGCCCCCCCCCCAGCACCCUCAUCCGAGCCCCCUUCAGCACCCUCAACAGAGCCCUUCCCAGCACCCUCACCAGAACCAUCCCCAAUACCAGCUUCCUUAUCAGCUCCCACCCCAGUACCAGCCCCAGUACCAGCCCCAGUACCAGCCCCAGUACCAGCCCCAGUAUCAGCCCCAAUACCAGCCCCCACCACAGCACCAGAAGCAGUACCAGUAUCAGCAGUAG